UUUGCCAUGACUUCUCUGUCAUUUACUUCUGGUUUUGGCCAGCAAGAUGAUGAAAUCAUCUUUUCGACUUACGAACCUACAAAAGAAGAGAUUCUAGAAUAUGCCGUCAAAAUUGGGAUCGAUCCCGAUAAAGAAACAAACAUCUUAUAUCUUGCUCGGCAAGGAUUAUUACAUCCACUCCCAGAAAAUUGGAAACCAUGUUAUAGCAAACAAGUAAAAGCCUACUACUAUUACGACAGAAUUUCGAAGAAAUCACAAUGGGAACAUCCAAUCGACGUAUUGUACCGAGCAAAAGUAAUUGAUGCUAGAAAAGCAUUUUCGCUGGAUAGGUCUGAUUCAACAUCACUUGGAGAUUCUGGAUUUCGUAGUCUAAAAUUUCAUCAUAGUAAUAGUAAUCAAUUCGACGGUAAUGAACAGUUUCGUCUAACGCCAUCAUCCUCUUCGGGAAACAAUGCUGCUUGUAUUCCACCAUCUACCAGCAGUCCCAUUGGCUUGGAAGAAGUAGACAACGCCAACAAGGAGCGAAAUCAUAUCGGUCGAGUAAAUGCAUCUUGUUUGGGGCAUGCAAACCACGCCAAGGAAGAUAAGAACGAUUUAAAUUUAAAAAACGAAAUUCAAGAAGCUUCUUUUGGAUUGAUUGUAGACAAGCAAAAGGUCGCCUCUGACACAACGAUGGUGCUUUCGUCCAAAUUAUCAUUUAACAUUGGCUCCAGUAUGCGUUUUAAUAAAAGUGACACUGGAGAGUCAUUAGACGCUUCUGCUCUAGACGCUAAAUCUAUAGGUAGCGGUUUUACGAUAACCGGAACUGGAUCACAAUUUUUGAAAUCGAACAAAAAAUCCGAAUACGGAAUAUCGGAUCAGGGUCGAAAACCAGAAUCGGAGAUGAAAGGUAUACUACGAGAUUCUAGUUUAACAUACGUGCGUUCGAAGAACACUCCAAACGACGAUUCUGGAGCCGAUGAAAAAAAAAGUGUUCGUUUUGAUAUUGACCUUGAAGUAGAGCAAACAGAGGUUUCUGCAGCGUAUGGCAAUGAACUAGCAGCUGGUAAAAGUGAUGAUGAAGAAGCCGUCAACAUUAACAUCGGUGGUCAUGAAGAAGGCGACGAUCAGAUAGAAGAAUUCUUAGCGGAAGAAGACGAUGAGGGAGAUGAAGAAAGGCUCAAACAAAUAUCUUCAUCGGACACGUCGGAACAGGAUUCUGAAAUAUCUGUAGGAGCAGUUCUCACCGUCGCAAAUGUUCAGAAUACUAUUAGAAGCGUGCUACCAGACCCGAUAAGUAAUGAACCGUUGGGUCAACGGAAAGCAGACUCUUUGCGCGAUUUAAGACUAACGAUUGAUCACGAACGCGAGCGUUACAAAGCAAAAUUAGAAGAAGAACUAAGUUCGCUUGCUGAACUCGAAAAGACAAACAUAGAAAACGAAUUAGCAAAGGAACGCCGCCAGUACGAGGAGCUACUAGCUAGAGAAAAACAGCGGCUGAAAGAACAGCAUCAGCAUAACAUCGACGAAAUUAAAGAGUUUUAUAAGGUUAAAUUACACGAGAUGAAGACUGAUUGCGAGGAGGAAAAUACCAAAGAGUAUACAGUGUAUCGCGAAACAUUGCAGGAAGAAUUCGAUCGUCGUGUGAAAGAGACGACAGAAACACAUCGCGCUACGAUGGCAACUUUGCAGAAAAAUCACGAUGAAAUCGUCGAAGAGCUAGAGCGGGAUCUGAAAAUGGAAGAAGAAUUGCUAAAGAAAGAACACAGCACCAAUUUAACUGAAAUAAAAAUCAAAUUAACACAUGAGUUGGAGAUGGAGCGACAACGUAUGCGUGAGGCAGGUGAAGAUCGACUGUACGAAAAGGUACGAUGUGAGAAACGUUUACUCGAAGAUAAGUACAAAUGCUUAAAAGAGAAGUAUACUCGUCUCAAAACGGACGUUCGUAUUUCUCUCGAGCGUCGAAAGAAACGCCGUGAGCAACAGCAGCAGCAGCAGCAACACAGUUUGUUAAGUAACAGCUACGAAACGGACGACCGGACGAAUUCCAAGGUGAUGUCCCCAUAUUCUUACGAAGCUGCGAAAGGAAUUUCGGUUCCAUCGUCCUUUAGCACAUUCCUUACGACGGAGAAAUCCUGCAAUAGCAACUCUGUGACAACUGUUAGUUCAAAACGUUUUUUGGCUAAAGGUGCCAAUCUUUCACUGGAAGCGAAAAUGAAGACGCAUAAUUUCAACACCUCGGGGUCCUCAGAACCAAGGCAACCGUCAUCAAUGCUAUACCACAGCAGCAACAACAACAAUAAUAAUAAUAACAAUAAUAAUUUAACUUCUCACGUAGAUGAAUCAAGCCAGAGCGAAAUAAUGCAUUCAAAACCACUGUUCCAAGUAAGAAAUAUUUUCUCAAAAGUCCAGCACGAAGAUAAUUUUAGCUCCGAUUCCGAAUUCAACAAGGUUAGCUAUGAAAGAGUUGUUGUUGAAAAUUCCUGCAGCAGUCCUCAAGCGGCAAUUGCAGUGGCUGUUAAUCGUCCGAAACGAAAAAUCUUCACCAAGACGAAAUCAUCUUCCACGUCUAAGCUUAAUUCGACUAAGCAUGAACAAGAAACAAGCGCUAGAUCGUGCACACCGGUAGAAAAUCUCAGAAUACAACUAAAAAAGCUGGAGGAACUUGAAGAUCAAAUUCCUGACUGUAAUUUGGAUGCUCCGUACCAUUUACGAUACCCGUUUGUGAACGCUCACGUGGAUAAUGGUGAACCGGGGCAUGGUAUAGGUGCUAGCAUCCGAAAAGGUGCUGCUGUUGCUGUAGGAACCGAUAGCAGUGAAUUGGAGUUUAUCAAACAUCGCAUACUUCUUGAAAGAGAUUCCGUCAUGCGGGCCAAGGAAUCUCUACGAACGCAAAAGAAUUUAUUCAAAUCUAAACAACGAGACAAUGCGAUCAAACACGCGCUGAAAAACAAGCAAACGAUGGAUCAAAUAUUCCACGAAGAAAAGGAGUUAACCGAGCUGGAAGUAUCUUUGCAUCGCACACGAGCGUUGCUUGGUGAAAAAGUUAUUAGAUUGCGACAUCUAGAAAACUCCUUACAAAAACUAGCUGAAAAAGAUCGUCCGAUGCGAGCAUCAGAGAACAUUGAUAUUGAAGUAAAACCUAAGGAAACUCUCAGCGAUCUGUCUUCUUAUUCCAGUUCCGGUUUUAGUAGUACUGACGUUCCUACCACUGAACAUCAUUUUAGUGGCUUACGUUCAAAGAUGCUAUCGAAUAAUACUGAGCCAAGUGAUACAUUUAUUUAUUUGAAACAUUUACAUUCAGAGAUAAAGGAAAUUUGGAGUUUGCUAAAUCCAAACGCUGGUACACUAGGUAUGGGAAUCGAUGAAAUGGAUUUUCUGAAUAACGCUACUAGCCCAUUAUCCGGUAAAUAUUUAUGUGACCUAGUUCUUCCACCGAAGCCACCUUCUCCGACAUUUAAUCAACCUUCAUCUGCCACCCACUCGACAGGACAACAACCAAUGAUAAAUCAAACUCCACAUCAUCACUACACGGUAACUCUUUUAGAAAAAACUCGCGACCUUAAGCAUUGGUUGCGACAGGCAAAAAAUGAGCACGAAAUGUUGAAAAAAAAAUCAUUUGCUUAGUUUCCAUUCUCCGUUCUGUAUUCUUAGCAAUAUUGUCCAGUAUGCAAAAUCUUUAAACUGAUAAAUGAAUUUGCAAAACCAAGAAUAAAUGUGCUUUUUUUUUGCUUUUGAGUAACUUAUAUACGAAAGAUGCUUAGAUGAUAGGAAUGAGACAAAGUUGACAAGUUCUAAGUAUGAUGUGAUAUUUAUCAAUAGAUUCGAUCCUUUAGAUUUGCGAAUAUGUAAAAGUCGCGUUUAUAUAGAUAUUUAUGUUAUUUUUUAUAAAGAUAUUUAUGUACAUACACUAUAAAUUAGAGAAAAAGCUGUAGUACCCUACAUAAUCGUAAAUCAAGUAUAAGUAUAAAUUCGAUCAACAACUGUAACGUUUUUUCCCAAUUUUAAAGCACUUCUUAUAAGGCUUUUGUCUUAUUAAGUAUCAGUGAUUCAUAGUUUGGAACCAUAGCUAAUGCUUUAUUAUAGCUAGUCAAACUGAUAGUUUUGUUACAGAUUAUUUUCCUUGCAUAUGUCGUCAAAUGAAAUGAAUAUGAAGUGUUAUAAUCAGCGUGAGUGGUGUCUGAAGCGAAGACAUUAACAAUAUACUGUAUGAAUGGGAAGCAUAUUUUAAAAACGAUAAAUCAGGCAGCCAUACGUGUUUCUAGAUUUCGAUCAAACCACUUUAAAAUUAGAUAAAGUCAACACUUGUCCUAUUUCAUUGCAAUUGUUAAUGAACUAUUUAUAAUAUAAUACAACAAUAACACACUCUGUUUUAUUAGGUAAAAGCAAAGUAGUCUUGUAUAACAUACGACCACGUAGUUCACCACAUAGCAAUCAGCGACAACAGA